UUGAACCCUCUCACCUUUCCGCCUCGCGAUCGCUAGGACCUCGGACACGUUAAUGUGAAAACGCGCGAAGGAAGUAACGACGCAAAACGCUUUUGCUUUUUAUUAAAGGAAAUGAAAGGAAACACGCGCGCGCGUCUUGAGAAAUCUAAAUAAAGAUACUCGUAUCUUUAGUGAAAGAAGAAGAGAGAAGGAGAGGAGAAGAUGGAGAAGGCGUAGACAGACACCGGAGACUUUGCACUUUGUAUUGAAAUUAGAUUGUACUGGCAUAACGGAAAUUUAAUGCAAGCUCCGCAGAUGUUACUUGAGGAAUGUAACUGUGGGCACCGAAAGUAAUACCGAUUCUCAAGAUGCUUCCAUCUGAUUGCGUUUUGGACAUAUCCAACGUGUUUCACUCCACCUCGGUAGUGAUCGAAGGAACCUGUCUCAAUAAAUCCGAACCUACCGCAGUGCUUAGAGAUGUAUCAGCUCGCGUCCACGGUGGAGAAGUUCUGGCUAUUCUAGGAUCAAAGGGUUCCGGCAAACGAGCGCUUCUCGAUGUCAUCGCUGGAAGAGCGGAGGGCGAGACGAGGGGACGAGUUACCCUGAACGGCAACCUGCUGACUCCGGAGUUGUUCCGGCGUCACGGCGGUUACGUGGCUCACAGGUGUCACCUGCUACCGAGUUUGACGGUUCGCCAGACCUUGAUGUACGCCACGUGGCUCGCCAAUCUAAACAAUCGCGAGGCCCGAGUGCGACAGACUCUCGCCGACCUGGCGCUCUCGCAGGUCGCCAACCGGUCGGUGAACGAUCUCACCAGGCCGGAAUAUCGGCGGCUGAUGCUGGGAGUGCAACUUGCCAAAGAUCCGACUCUGUUAUUGUUGGACGAGCCAACCUGGGACACCGAUCCCCUCAACACAUAUCUCAUCGUCUCGAUGUUGUGGUCUUACGCCACCAGACGCGGCUCCAUUGUCGUCCUCACUAUGGAAACACCUAGGUCUGACGUGCUACCGUUUGUUAGUCGCGUAACGUUGCUGUGCCUGGGUGCGGUGGUUUAUUCUGGACCCACCAGGAGCAUGUUAGAUUAUUUUACCUACAUCGGCUUCCCGUGUCCGGAACUGGAAAAUCCGUUGAUGUAUUACCUAUGCUUGUCGACUGUCGAUCGCCGCUCCAGAGAUCGUUUUUUGGAGUCUAAUCAGCAGAUAUCGGUCUUGGUCGAGAAAUUCAAGGUGGAUGGAGUCCUUUACAUGAAAGAAGGACCGCAAAUGCCUCAUAGUAUGAAAGAUACGACUCUUGGUAUUAUGCACAAGGGCUUAGGACGUGGAAUUAAACCCGGAUGCUUUUCGACUCUUUUGGCGCUAUAUUUACGAAGUAUGGCGGCUACAUUUUCGUUCAAUAAGAUCGGCCUGGGACACUUUGCUGCUCGACUGCUAUUACUGCCAUUCGUCGUUGCUCUAAUGAGUAUACUGUAUUCACAUUCAAGUCCCGUACAAUCAAGAAUUUUCUUGCAAACCGGCGGCUUGAUCUUCAAUGUCUUGACGUUGUUUUACGUAGCCGGAAUAGUCGCGACAUCCCUUUUAUUUCCAGGUUUUCGAGCAAGAUAUUACCAAGAGAAACGAGAGGGUCUCUACGGCGGCGCGAUGUUCUUGACCGCAUACACCAUGCUGAGUCUUCCAUUGAGUUUCAUAUCGACGCUGAUAACAAUCGGGAUUUUGAUUCCCAUUUUGGAACUGGACCUCACCUCGUGGGCGUACGCUUCCGGCAUUCUGUGGUCCAGUUACGUGGCAGCCGAGCAAGUGACGGUGGCUGUAUUGAUGGUGAUCGGUAGACCCAUAACCGGUGCCAUUACAGUACUGUACAUGACCCUGUUAUCUUUGGUAGUUGCGUCAGGUGCGAUUCGUAGCUUGAAGAACUUACCCUAUUGGUUGGCGAUGGUGACGACCGCAUUACCAACAAGAUAUGCAUCUCUUGCGUUGAACCAGUUGGUGAUCGAUACUUCCCUUCUAUCUAAUUUACCCUACAACGAGAGUUUCACCUGUCCGGGUGUACCUGAGCUUUGCAGAUACCCUGAUGGCAAAACUUAUCUGAUAGAACGUUUCACUAGAGAGGGCGAAAACAUCCAAGAGGUAUUAAGUGUAGAUCUGAAUCUGCUGAUCUCUCUAGCGUUUGCCGUCGGACUUAUUAUAUUGAAUAGCGUUUUGUAUCUGUUGCCACUACCUGCCAGAGUGAAGGCAAAAUUCAGAGAAUGAUGGAUUGUUGAACGCUCCUGAAUAGUUGCGGCGACCAUGUUGGAAUCGUGACGUCAUAAAGACAAUUUGGCCAAAUCUAAAUGACAAGAUCACUUUAAAACAUUUGUAAAA